AUGAGCACCGAAAGUUUGAAGUACUUCAACCUUGGCCGCAACCUCCUUUCAGGCUUUGAGCAACUUCCAGAUGUCCUUCCUUGGGUUAACUUACGAUUUUUAAGUCUUUCGUCCAACAUGUUCCAUGGGCCACUCCCAAUACCGGCAGCAUCCACCUUAGGCUAUGAAGUUCAGGAUAACAACUUUGCCGGAGAAGUUCCACCAGGGAUCUGCAAUCUGAGUUCUCUUCUGGCCCUUGAUAUGUCUAAUAACAACUUCAGUGGCAUGAUUCCGCAGUGUUUUGGAAACUUUAGUGACCAUCUGACACUUUUGCUGCUUGGAAAUAACUCGUUUCAUGGCACUCUUCCCCAAACAUACACCAACAAAAGCAACUUAAGGAUGCUUGAUGUGAGUCAAAAUCAAUUGCAAGGGCAACUACCGAGGUCGUUGGCGAAUUGUCUGAUGCUUGAGACUUUGAUUCUGUCAAACAAUAACUUGAGUGAUGUCUUCCCCAUUUGGUUAGGGACUCUUCCGGAGUUAAAACUUUUGGCAAUGCGGCAUAAUGGGUUCCAUGGAGUGAUAGGAAAGCCUAAAAACAAUCAACGAUUCCCAAAGUUGCGUCUGUUAGAUAUGUCGUAUAACAAUUUCACUGGCCAGUUUCUAGCUGAGUACAUCUUCUCUGAGUAUGCCAUGAGACCAAAUGUAACAGUCAGCCAGACAACAUACAUAGACGCUGAUAUCAGCUACGAAUCUGGUAAUGGUGUCAUCACUCUGUCUUAUGGUUCCACGAUUACAAUAACGAGUAAAGGAGUGGACAGAUACUAUUCAAAGAUUCAAGAAGCCUUUGCAGUCAUUGAUAUCUCAAGCAACAAAUUUGAAGGGAAGAUUGAUGACUGGAUUGGGAAUCUAAAAGGGCUUAUUUCACUCAAUAUUUCCAAUAAUCUUCUCACUGGUGGAAUCCCAUCAUUUUUGGGGAACUUAACGCAGCUUGAAUCACUGGACCUUUCAAAUAACAAGCUCUCAGGAGAGAUCCCCCAACAACUGGCGCAACUGACAUUCCUUGCAAAAUUCAAUGUCUCUCACAACAAUCUCACAGGUCCUAUACCGAGUGGAUCCCAACUCAGAGGGUUUAAUGUCACUUCAUACGAGGGAAACUCCGGGCUGUGUGGAGAUCCAUUGCCAAAGAAAUGUGGGAAUUCUGAUACCCCGGCUCAACUGCCACCUUCUGGCACAGAAGACAGCAGUUCAGGGUUUGGAAUUGAAUUUGAUUGGAAAUUUGUGUUGUCGGGAUUUGGAAGUGGGUUGGUGGUGGGAGUGGUACUUGCGGACGUAGCAAUCACAAGGAGGCCUGUGAUGUUUCUUGAGAUAGUUGGAACGUUGAUCAGACUAAUGGGAAGGAUCAGACGCUGGAAGAGGUCUGGACGCUUUAUUUGA